CCAGGGAGCAAACACCAUGGCGAAAGCCGGAGGUAAGAGUGGCGGCGGAAAGAAAGGUCUGAGGCGAAAAGCCCCUGCCGAAGACCCUCAGGAGACGGAGCUCUCCGGGGAUGGAGCGGCGGCCAGCGGGGGUGCAGCCCCGCAGGCGGCUGCCUUCCCCCCAGGCUUCAGUAUUUCGGAAAUUAAGAACAAGCAGCGGCGACACCUGAUGUUCACGCGGUGGAAGCAGCAGCAGCGGAAGGAAAAGCUGGCAGCUAAGAAAAAACUUAAGAAAGAAAGAGAAGUUCUUGGUGAUAAGGCUCCACCAAAACCUGUACCUAAGACCAUUGACAACCAGCGAGUAUAUGAUGAAACCAUAGUAGACCCUAAUGAUGAAGAGGUUGCUUACGAUGAAGCUACAGAUGAAUUUGCUUCCUAUUUCAAUAGACAAACUUCUCCCAAGAUUCUUAUUACCACAUCAGACAGACCUCAUGGGAGAACAGUACGACUCGGUGAACAGCUCUCCACGGUUAUUCCAAACUCACAUGUUUAUUACAGAAGAGGUCUGGCUCUGAAAAAAAUUAUCCCUCAGUGCAUCUCAAGAGAGUUCACAGAUCUGAUUGUUAUUAAUGAAGACCGGAAAACACCAAAUGGACUUAUUUUGAGUCACUUGCCACAUGGUCCAACUGCUCAUUUUAAAAUGAGUAGUGUUCGUCUGCGUAAAGAAAUUAAGAGAAGAGGCAAGGACCCUACAGAACACGUACCUGAAGUCAUUCUGAAUAAUUUUACAACCCGACUAGGUCAUUCUAUUGGGCGUAUGUUUGCAUCUCUCUUUCCUCAUGACCCUCAGUUUACUGGACGGCAGGUUGCCACAUUCCACAACCAACGGGAUUACAUCUUUUUCAGAUUUCACAGGUACAUAUUCAAAAGUGAAAAGAAAGUGGGAAUUCAGGAGCUUGGACCACGUUUUACCUUAAAAUUACGAUCUCUUCAGAAAGGAACGUUCGAUUCUAAAUAUGGAGAGUAUGAAUGGGUCCAUAAGCCCCGGGAAAUGGAUACAAGUAGAAGAAAAUUUCAUUUAUAAAAUUCUGAAAUAGCAGCAUUGGAAAAAUACUGGGUUUUGCUAAACAGGACUAUCAUGAACUUGGUAAAUUCUGACAGAAGAGCUUUUUCAAAAUUGCACUGAUUUAUCUUUUCAUGUCUAAAAUUACAAAGUGCCAUGAACUACCAGUUUAUGUAGCAUAUGCAAAUAGAAAUGAUUUUGGAUGAAGGUUUAAGUUGCAGUUUAGGUUUCCUAAAAUGUAUUAUUAUUUUGCGGUAAUCGUGAAUAAGUUGGAGUGCAAUUUACUUUCCUAUUUGCAUUUUUAUGGGGCAUGUGGGAUGGACAAAAUGCUUGCUAGAUCUCAUGUAACCCACUGGUUCUAUGGCAGACAUAUUUUGGAACCCUUGCUUGGUAGUUUUGAUUUGGCAUUUGAAUGAUUUGGCGGGGGCCAGGAUUCUUAAAUGUUUUAAUGGCAGUGAGUUUCUGGUAAACCUUUCACAGCAGUCCUGGUGGCACAGUGGGCUCAGCUGGUCUUAUCUUACAGUAGUCCUUCUAGGCACCAUUUCCCAUUCUAAAUGUCCUGUACUACGGCACUCUGAGAAGCACUGAGCUGCGGAAGGUCAAAGGUACCAGGCCACCAGCCGCUCAGAGAUGUAGCAAUCUGCUUCUGUAAUAAUUACAGCUUUGCCCUUUAGGGAUGCUAAGAGUUGGCACUGAUUAUAUAACAAUGGGUAAACACAUAGACAUCCUACAAUUCUUAGCAGUGUUGCAAAUGUUGCAUAGCUUAAGGUCGCCUGAUAAGAGUUGGGGGAACACUCAGAACCUAACCCCUUUUUAAUGGGAAAUUGUCAUUUAUCUUAGGUGACCAAGGCAGAUUAAUGCAAAUGUAUAAAACACCAGUAACUCAAAACAUUUGUAUUAAGUUUAUUUUAUUAUAUGCAGAUGCCAGUGUAUAUAAAACAACCCUUGUGAAAUAGAAAUUCAUGAAAAUUCAGAGAGGUAGAUGUUAAGGACUGACAAAAGUAGAAGUUUGUAUAGUAUGGCACAUGUAACUGUGAAGACAAGCUUUUGUACAAGUUCAAAUUUAGCUCUCCUUGAAUAUUCACUGGUUCAUGAGAAGUGGCUUAGGAAACCUAAAAUGGAAGGAAAAAUGAAUUAGAAAAUUGAAUAAUUUAUAUUUGUAAUGGAUGGUUAAUUACAUAUUUAUCAAUUUGUUAUAAAUUGCUCAUGUAUCUUGUUUUUCUAAAUAGCUGUACAUGCUAUAUUACUUUUGUGGUAUUUAUUUUGAAUGUCAAUUUAUAAAAGUACUUUCUAUUAAAAACUGGGUCCAUUUCCAUCAGUAUUUUUAAAAAAGAAACAAAACAGGUGAACGCACUGUGUUAUCAUAGGAUCUCUAGGAAAAAAUUAUCAACACAUAAAGUGCUUACCUCAUACACUAAGCAAUCAAAUGUAAUUUAACUGUCAUACCCACUCUUGACAUAUGCAUCACUUGUUUUAUAAACAAACUUGCCAUGAUCACUGUCAGAUUAGAAUACACUUGACUACAGUUUAAAAGGACUAUUAAGUUUGAUUUAUUUUAAGUGUCUUAAGAAAAAUCUGAGCAUCCUGAGAAUAGUUAAAAAAGAGAGACCCCUUUUGAAAUAUCUAAUAAAAGAUUCCAUUAAAACCUUAAUUUCCAAGAUAAACCUAUACAUUGAAACCAAGUAGGAAUACUGACUGCAAUAAACAGCAAAAAAAACCAAACAAACCCCAAACCAUACACAGAUUAAAUGGAAUUCAAUAGAGAAGUGGAUAAUUGUCACAAGUCAUAAUUACCUCUAGGGCAUAUAGUAUAUAAAUAUAAAAUAUCACUAUACAGCAAUUAAAAUAAUCUACAUGGUAUAUAUAUAUGCGUGUUUUUAUACAAUACUCAAUAGUCACACCUUUAAAAAAAAUCACAAAAUGCAAUCAACAUGCAGUAAAAAUCAAAAAUAGCAUAGGCAUAUCAACUUCAAGAUAAGUUAUCUCUGGGGAAAGUAAAAAAGUAGCUUCAAUCAGUUACGCUUGUUUUUAAAAGGUAACAGGGCAAAAUAUGUAAUUCAAGAUAGUGGGCAUAGGACUCUUCUUUGUACUUAAUUGAAAGUUUGAAAUUAUUUCCUAACAAAAAGGUGUUCGCGCAACAUGAGCAGAAUUAGUACUAGAGUAAGCAUCGGAAAUGCUUACUUAGCCUCAUUUAAGAUAAAUGAAUUAGUGCACAUUACAAUGAGACAGGCAGAGAAUUGUAUUAAGUCUAAUUUUGCUGCCAAAGAUUCAACAAAAGGUUGUUCAUCAGAGUGGGGAAAAGGAAAGGGUAAUCUUUGCAGUGCUUUUGAAGUGCUAUUAAAAACUUUAACGUAC